AAAAACCCAUCCACACUCAUUUGUCAUUACUCUACACAUCUUCUCUUAUUCAUAGACACCAAAGUCAUCAAAUUUUGCUACUUUGAAAAUUCAGUUCCUUGCUAUUAGAAAAUAAUUCAUCUUUCUGAAGUUUUGACAAUUUCUUGUGUCAAUUUGAGGCAUUUUAGCUUGUGGGGUUUUAAAUUUUCUCUAGAAUUAACUUCCUUUACUAAUUUCCAAGAGUUUUAUUUAGGGGCUAGGUGGGGUUUUGGCUAGAAUAUAAAGUUCUAAACUUCUUUUCCAAGAAAAUGAUUUUCUUGCUCCAGGGGAGCAAUUUAUUAAAAUUUAUCACAAUUCUUGAAUUCAGUGUAGCUAAAAGUUUUUAUUUUUGGAUCUUUUUGAUUUUCAAUAGGUAUAGAGGCACUUAGUUGUCUUUGAGCCGAGGGCGGAAAUAACCUCUCUAUCGUCACAAGGUAGGGUAAGGUUUGCGUACACACUACCCUCCCCAGACUCCACGGGUGGGAUUACACUGGGUUUGUUAUUGUUGUUGUUGUUGUACAAAGGCACUUAGUUAAGUGACAUUAUUUCUGAAUCUUUUCUAUAGCUAGUUUUGGAUAUUUUCUUGAUUUGGACUUGAGAAAUUACUUAAUGGAAGGAACAUCAUUACCUCCGGGAUUUCGAUUUCAUCCAACUGAUGAGGAAUUGGUUGGAUAUUACCUGAAAAGGAAAACUGAUGGACUUGAAAUUGAAUUGGAAGUCAUUCCAGUAAUAGACUUGUAUAAAUUUGAUCCAUGGGAACUUCCAGAGAAAUCGUUCCUGCCAAAGCGCGACAUGGAAUGGUUCUUCUUCUGCCCUCGGGAUAAGAAGUACCCGAAUGGCUCGCGAACCAAUCGAGCCACUAAGUGCGGAUACUGGAAAGCGACAGGGAAAGACAGAAAAGUUGUCUGUCAUCAGCCUGCAGUUGUUGGAUACCGAAAGACACUAGUCUUCUAUCGUGGAAGAGCUCCUCUUGGCGAUAGAACGGAUUGGGUAAUGCACGAGUAUCGCCUCUGUGAUGAUGUUUCUCAAGGCACUCCAAAUUUCCAGGGGCCUUUCGCUCUUUGUCGUAUCAUCAAAAGAAACGAUGCAUCACUUAAGACAAGUGACACUUCAAUAGCAGUCUCAAAUGAACCUGUUGUUCUUACUGCUGAGACGCCUACUCAAACGACAUAUAUGUGCAACGAUAGCAACUAUUCGACCCCUAUUACUUCUCCUUAUGAGGGGACUAAUGCGACAAACUUUUGGAUGUCACAUGAUAUGAUUCUUGAUUCUUCAAAGGAAUGUCCUCAAGGACAGAGUACUCGUGGAGACUAUCCGAACUAUGACUUUCCAAAUAUGACAUUAGCGCAACCAAAUGAUCGAUUGGAGUUCACCUCGAGUUCAUCUUUCCCGAGUUUUAGAGGGGAAAUUGAACUUUCUGGCGAUCUCAGUAGCUAUGGUUGUGUAUCUCCUUACUCGGUUCAUGGAAACUACACGGGAUUCUAUGGCAACGACGAUAUGUCCUAUGAAGGAUAUGAAGGUUGGAAUCAAGCUAAUAUGGGAGAUUUUAAUGGUUUAUGGUCGCACAAAGAUAAUUUUCAGUAAUUUGAUGAAAACAUCUAUAAGGAAGAGCUCAAUGCAACUCAGUUUGUUUUGAUAAACUCUAUUGUUAUCUGAGACAACAGAUUUUUAUGUUUGUCUCAGAGCCAUUCGAUUACAGCACGUCGAGUUUAGUUCCCAAGUUCAAUCCUAGUAGCUAGGAUGUUUUAGUACAUUGUUGUCAUAUUAAGUAUGAGAUACCUAGUUUUGAUCCUUUUUAAUGAUCACAUUAAGAAAUGGUCUUAGUUUGUAGCUGAUUUCUGGUUCUGAUUUGUAUCACCCUUAUGUUUCUGAUACUUUCUAUUUAAGCAUUACAAGCACCAAAUGUAGCCAAAA